CAGUAAUAGAUUCAGACCAUAACACAAAAGCUAAAAGGUUCAAUAAAGGAAAAUAACAAUAUGGAAAUAUUAGCUGAAGAGAGAAAUAUGACAACAGAGCAACCCACAUUGGCAGCAUGUAUUUACACACAUAUGACAUUUAUGAAAGUUUGUUACGCACUUUGGAUAACAAUGGCCAUAUUUGGACUAAUUGGCAACACUGUUUCAGUGAUAGUGCUAAGUCGGAAAAGGUUGAGACUUUCAACAACUGCGACGUAUCUACAAGCACUUUCGAUAAGUGAUAUGUUCGUUGUGCUGACAGCUGUGUUCCGCUACAAAGCCUACUACAUUCUACUCUCAGAGGAGAGUUACAUGGAAGCACGCUUCUGGCUGAAUGGCUAUGUGGAAGUCUACAUAGAACCAUUUCAUUUUAUCUUUCUUGGGGCCUCCAGUUUGAUCACUACUGCUUUGACAACUGAGAGGUACAUGGCAAUCUCGUGCCCACUCUCUAUCAAGAGACAUUGUGAUGUCAUCUUCACCCGAGUCAUCAUUGGUGCAAUAUAUGGCAUCAUCACCAUUGUUACUCUCCCAACUUUCUUCACAUAUAAUGUCAUCUCAAUGAACUUAGAUGGACAACGUAUCACACUGACUCAGGCGACACCUUUUGGCCUGAAAACAAACUAUGAGUGUAUCUUCCACAAGCUGUUGAUUCCUAUCUUCUGGUAUAUCGUCCCCUGGCUUUGUAUCGCUGUGAUGAACACACUCUUACUGGUACACGUUAAAAAAUCUGCCAAAGUCAGUUCAAGGAUGCUGAACUUUCCACUGAGGUCGAAUCGCAACCUCACUGUCAUGUUAAUCGGGAUUGUUCUAGUAUAUAUGGUGUGCAAUCUACCAAAAUGCGUCUCGGUCUUCAUGGAUUUGAUUCAACGUGAACUGUUCAAGUCAUGUGAGAUAGAAGUCUGUGUCCUACCACAAUCAUCUCGUGAUCUUGCCGACACGAUUGCCAGCCUCUUGAACACAUUCAAUAGCUGCAUCAAUUUUGUUCUUUACUGCAUACUGGGGGACAAGUUCUUCCAGGAGUGUAAGAGAAUGUUCUGCGGUAAAUGCAUGAAGAGGUCUGUUCGUCGAGUUGGUUUCAUUGAAACAAGUGUUAAAAGAUCAAGGUCUAACUCAAAAGGACCAAGUGUUUUGCAGUUUCAACUUAAAGGGAGGGAAGAAUCAAGUGGCACAUGUAUUAUGUGACAUACAAUAGUGUAUUACAAAUAAUGAAAAUAUGACAAUGUUAGCUUCCUUCAAUGUGUUCACUGUAUGGAAAGAUCAGCAUAUUUCAUAUGAAAUACGUCUAGCUUGAAAAGAUAUUCGAGACGAGAAUUAAUUGCAUUUGAAAGCUGACAUUUCACGCGGUUUGAUUUAUAGCUGCCAGAAGUUGAAGAAUAAUCUGUAGAUAAACUGUAAUAAAGUAACCCCUUAACUAUAUUAGAUACACUUAUUAAUUUACUGAGCACUUCAGAUUCCCAAUAAAUCUGAAGUUCAAUCUUUAUAAUAUUGUGACUCCUUAACAUUUGCAGAUUGUUCACCAGUUAAUUAAUUCUUAAGAUAACAUUACUUACACUAAAAAUAUAAGGUGGUUCAGUCCAUCAACUUUUGAAUAUGUCUAUGUUGAAUUGAAAAAGCUUUGAAAAUAUUGUAAUAUAGAUUUGUAGCUUUGAAUAUACAAUAUAUCAAAUUCCUUCAAUUAACCGAACACAUUGAUUCAAAUUCAUGGUUGUUGAUUGGCAUUUUAUACAACCUCUGAUUCUAGCUUAAAGAUUACAUAACUUACAGCAGGUUUAUUCUCAGGGCCCCAUAUAUGCCCUGCUAAAUCUGGUUCAUUGAAGUACAGAGUGAGGAAAUCAGGCCGCUCCCCUUCAGGUAAAUCAAGCCAAGUCAAAAUCUGAUCAAUACGGGCCUGGUAGGAAAUCUUUC